GCAAUCACUUAAAACGUUCCCUCAGGUAGAGAGUGAAAAUUAUUUCUCAGCUUGAGAUAUUCUGAAACCAAUACAAAAUUCCAAGAAUUUGGUGACCAUUCUACUACUUCUACCUGGAAAAAGCAGAUUGAGCACACUUUUCUUGGCAUUAAUUGAUGCUCUAUAGAAAUGCAUUUCGUCCAUUUGUUGUGUAAUUGAUAAGAAAUAAAUGUAUAAGAACUAAGAUCAAUGAUUUUAAUUUCUUGUUUCGAAGAUACCAAAGUAGAUUGAUAGUUACUACUAGUCUCUUUAAUAAUGAAGGCAUCAGUGUACAUUAUAUUUGCAGUGAUCGCAGUAUUAUAUGCUGCAGCAGCGACUGAAGAAGAUGAGGAAUUUGGGAGUGGUGACAUUGAUGAGUGGAGUUGGAAAGGAUAUGAAGAAAAUGAAAUCAAUGAAGGAUUCGAAGAUUUACAAUCAAGGAUAAGUGGAGGCAAAAAUGCAGCGAUUACUAAAUACCCAUUCAUGGCAUCAGUAUUGGUCAAUGGCACAUUGAAAGGAGGAGCCUCUAUUCUGAAUAGGAAAUGGCUCAUCACUGGAGCAUUCCCAACAAAGUUUGCGACUGAAGUUUCACAACUGACAGUUCGAGUGGGCAGUAAGUCAUCGUUUGCAGGGGGUAAGCUGUGUCAGGCCAAGAGGAUAGUGCGCCAUCCGAAGCAGAGAGGCUACGACUAUGACGUGGCACUGAUACGCCUAGAGCGCCCACUUUCGUUCAGCCGCCACAUCAGGCCUAUCAAGAUGGCCGACAAGCCACCCCGAUCCAACACCAGAGUCGUUUUCACAUCUUUCGGCUGGAACGACGAUAACACUACCACCGCCACCAACAAGGACAGUUUACAGAGCAAUGGAGUAGGAGUUUUGAAGGAAACUCACUUCAAAUUUUUGGAAUUCAAAGAUUGUGAGCCAUAUUAUUUUGAUUCACUAUCAUUCACUAAACGGUGUUUCUGUACACAAAAAAGUAAUCGGACUUCACCUGAAUCAAAAGAUUUUGGCAGUCCUCUAGUGUACGGUGGUAAAGUUUUAGGCCACUUUUCCGGAGUACCAUGUGGAAAACCCAGGCCAGCCGUUUUUGUUGAUAUUACAAAAAUUAAAUCCUGGAUUUUCCAAACAAUGAAGAAGUAUUCCAGCCUGGAGUAAUCAAAUAAUAAACCAAAAAAUAACUUAUCCUCUGCAAUAUGAUUGGUUUAUUUUAUCUUUGAAACAGAUACUUUUACAUUUCACCAAAUGUAUUAAUUUACAGUAUUUGUAUUUGAUUAAAAUAAGCGAUAUCUAGAACAAA